AAUCGACAAUUCAUUUGAACAAUGGAAAAUUUCGUUUAGAACAAUAGGAUCCUAAACAAAGAGAGCGUUAGAUCGGUUCACUCGGAAACACCAGUAAAAGGUAUAAAUAUCGGUCAACUUGAAGAAGAAUUCAACAUCCAAAGCUUGAUUUCCAAUUUUAAAUCAUUUGCUUUUGCUUUUUGAUCAAUUAUAACACUUCGCUUUUUCAUCUCGAAUUAUCAAAAUGGACGCUAUGAACAACACUCCCGCCACUUCCAACUCUUCUUCUCUUGCCAAUAACUCUCCCUCCAAGCCCACUGUCACUACUAGCGGUGCUUAUUGGUACCAACCCAAACCUCCUGCAAUGUGUGUCAUUGCUUAAGUUUUAUGAAACUUUUACUUUACUAUUUCUAUUUUGAUUCCACUCACUUUGUAUAUACAUCGUGACUUUUCUAAUAAUCCUUAAUUACAAUGCUUUAAUUAAUAUUAACCUUUUGCGAAUUUUUUGAAUAAAUUUUGUCUUCUUUAGUGUCUAUUAUACGGGGUAGAAGCUUUAACUAAAUCGU